AUGGUUAACGGCCUCUGGAACUUGAUAGAAAUUUUAGCUCCUGCAUUUCAAUACAGUUUGCUUAUCGAUUCUAAGCUUGACAAUCACUGUAAUUUAAGAGUUUGCAUUGUCUACUUCCGAGACGUGAGACAGUUACAUUUUGAGUCGAAUGCAGUAGCUUUUGUCGUUCUGAAAACAAUGGGUCGCCGAAGUGGUGGUGGUGGUGGUCUGAGAUCUGGUGGUGGAGAACACUUUAGCGCCAGGGACAAUUCGAAGCUCAUCUUCUCGUCCUGCUGCCAAGGACAAGCCACUGAAGAACCCACCGAAGCCUGCUUCUCCUGCUCCUCCUCCAGCCCUGUACAGAGUCAACCUGCAGCAGGAGGUCUUGGCUCUUCGUUUGCUGAUGGAAUGGCCUUUGGUGGUGGAAAUGCGGUCGGCCAUAGAGCAGUGGAUGCCGUGUUAGGCCCGCGGGUUAGACAUGAGGUUGCGGUAGCUGAUCCUGACUCCUCAGCUGGUUCUACAACUGUUAAUGCUACUUCAUGUGCUGCCCAGAUGAAUGCUUUCCAAGAGUGUCUGAACGUCAAUGGAAGUGACCUAAGCAAGUGCCAGUUUUACAUGGACAUGCUGUGUGAAUGUCGCAGAAGUUUUGCCACUGGCUUGUUCGCUUAAUGUUAUGAUGACGACUAGUUUUGUUGGAUGAGGGCCUGUUUCUUUAGUUAUCACUAGGUUCAUUUAUGGUUGGUAGCUGUUGCUGCCAUUUAAUUCUGUAAGAAUGUAGUAGCUGUUCACUUGUGAAGGGUUUUGAUGAUUCUUAUUUAUGGUUGGCACCGCAAUAAAUUUAUGAAAUUGCUCAUACUCCUCCAGCUACUUGAGUACACCUCAG